UUAUAUCUCCUACAUACCACAUCUCACCUUACGACUCUACGAUGUCCAUUGAAGUUCUUAAUUCAAAUUCAACCUGCAGACGGACGGCCAAAUUCAGACAAUACCUGGCAGCAAUCCUAGUUAGUUUGUUGGGGCUAUGCCUCGGUUCUACAGUGGGGUGGACUUCUCCAAUGCAGCCCCUGCUGACGUCUGACAAUCCUCCCUUUGGCACGGAACCAUUAACCAUGGACACCGUAUCCUGGCUAGGAUCAAUCAACUAUUUUGGAGCCAUCGCUGGAACUUUCUUCUGGGGAAGAGUAGCGGAUCGUUUGGGUAGAAAAACAGCCGCAAGUCUAGUGGCUGUCCCGUUUAUUGUCGGAUGGACCUUGAUCUUGGUAGCGCAACAAGUCUGGUGGUUAGUGGUGGCGAGAUUUGUUAUCGGAAUCGGUGCUACAGGAACAAUCGUUGCUGUUCCGUUUUUCAUUUCUGAAAUGGCCGAAGACAAAGUUAGAGGAUUUUUUGGUUCUUUUUUAUCCAUGUUUGUCUUUGGUGGAAUACUCUACUCGUACAUCAUAGGUGCUUACUUGAAGUAUCACGGACUGGCUAUCCUUGGGCUCGCUGUACCUGUGGUAUUCGCUGUAACGUUCAUCUGGCUGCCAGAAACUCCGGUUUUUCUAUGGAAGAACGGUGAAGAGGAGAAAGCGGAAAAGUCAUUGUUGUGGUAUCGUGGAGGAGAUAAAGUUAUGACUGACAAAGAACUUUGGAGACUAAAGGAUUUGACCAAAGAGCAAAUCAAAAGACCUAAUCUCAAGUCGUUGGUCGCGACAAAAGGAACGAGGAAGGCUUUGAUAAUCGGCAUUGCUCUUUGGGUGUCCAAGAUAGGCAGCGGGAUGUUUCCCAUUUUGAGUUUUGCUGUCAAUAUAUUUGAGAUGUGCGACACCUCCUUAACUCCAUACCAAGCUGCCAUUAUGAUGGCCACAAUGCAACUCAUAUCUGGAAUAUUCUGUUCAGCACUUGUAGAGCGACUUGGAAGAAAGAUGCUCGUUGUAGGCUCUCUAAUGACAAUAGCCAUCACACUAACUGUGUUGGGAGCUUACUUGACGUUCAUAGAAGAAUUCCAGGCAUAUCCCAUCUUGAAGUGGGUCCCCGUAGUUUGUCUCUGUCUUCACGUAAUCGCGUUGGGUGUCGGUAUAGGUCCAAUGGCUUUUGUCGUUUCCGCUGAAAUUUUCCCUCCAGAAAUCAGGGGUUUGGCCAUGUCCAAGCUUCAACUACUCUUCAGCACUCUUGCUUUUGCGACAAUAAAGAUGUUUCCGUGGAUGAAAUUCUACUUAAAACCUCAAGGCUGUUUCUGGUUUUAUGGGUUAUCUAGUUUCAUCUUUUCACUUUUCUUCUGCUUUUACUUGCCUGAGACAAAAGGUAGGACUCAAAAUGCAAUCUUAAGGCUACUCAAUGGUGAAGACCCAAAUGAAGAUGUGAGUGUGGAAGAAAUGAAACAAUUGAACAAGGAGGGUAAGGUUAUAAAGAGUUGAUAAAUAUUGUAAACGGGUUUAAGUUGAUCUCUAACCAAACACGUUAUGUGAUAAAAAAUAAUGAUUGAACUAAAACGCAUUAAAUAAUAUGAAUCUAUUCUAGUUUGAAAAUUUGUUAGAUAUCAAUUAACCAUACAAGAGGGAAAAUACUACAAUGUAUACACAGUAUUAGAUUGUAAAUUUUGUACAUUUGGAUUACGUAAUUGUUAAGUUUAUACUUGUUUAUGUUAUUAUUUAACCCGUACUUUAUUAAAUAGAGAAGUAUGAUCUUUCGA